GUUGCCGUAGUGACAGUAAACCACAAAGAGCCGUUAAACAGAACCGGACCGACGGACUGAGAAACAGAUUACAGAACCAGAGAAACGAACCGACACCGACGCUGAGCGCCGCCCGACGCCGCCCAGCAGCCUCUUUCCCCCGGAUCUUCUUCCCCCGACUGUCCGGGGAUCCCCGACCCGCCUGGAGGCUCCACACCCGGCGGAAGGAUGAGUGGGAGCCGAGAGAUUCCCGGCGGGAAGGUUUACCGGCUGCUGUUCGACGCACAGGCGCAGCUGUCCAGGUCCCUGCUGGCAGGACGCGGCAUCCCGAGGACCGGCAGCCUGUCCCCGGUGGACAGCAAGACACCGGAGAGCAGCAGCAGGUGGCAGCAGAGGACUGAUGAAGUCGAUGGCUCUGCUGACGUCAUCCGGCUUCCUGACCAUCUGGUGAUGGACGAGUCCAGCUCCGGGGUCAUUGACAGUCUGAUGGACAGGAGGAAGAACAAGCAUGAUGAAGCUCUGAGGCAGCAGGAGGCGGAGCUGCAGCACCUGGCCCAGGUGUGUGAGCUGGAGGUGAGGUCCAUCUGUGAGCAGCUGGUGUCCUCUCUGGGGGAGGUGGACCUCAGAUUGGACAUCCUGAAGGACAGGAUUGGACAGAAGCCUGUCAGUCUGCAGUGUCUGCACAGCCUCUGGGAGGAGGCGGAUGGGGAGAUGAAGCAGAAGAGGAGUCGGAUCUCAGAGAUGCAGCAGAAGCUGAAGAGCUGUGACGAAGGCAGGAGCCUGGAGAUCAAAAAGAUUCUGAAGAAGUAUCUCCUCCGCCUGGAGCGGAUCGGCUUCCUGACUCCACCCGAUGUCCAGCGACUGAUCCACACCAAGGCCAUGAUGUUGAACCAGUCUCUGCUGGCCAACCAGCGCAGCUCGGCCCAGUUGGUUCUGCUGCUGCAGGACCAGAACCUCCAGCAGGAGCUGGUCCUCGGUCUGCACUGGGAGGACUGUCUGGACCUCUGGAGGAGAGACCUGGUGGAGGAGAUGAAGGAGGAGCUGAGAACCGUGUGCAGCAGCAGGGACGGGGAGAGGGACCUGAUCUCGGAUCAGAUAAAACAGAACCAAGAGGUUCUGGUCCAGCAGCGCUCCGAGGUCAUCUACAAGAUCUGCUCUCUGGUCCCGCCCACCUGCUCCUCAGCUCUGGCUUCUAAUUGGUUCAACGAGCUGACGGCCGUCAACCAGCAGAUCGCUGGUCUCCAUGCCAACAUUCGAGAGCAGCUGCAGAAGUUUUAUGAAGACACCUGGCAGCGUCACCGGGCCGAGGCUCAGCGCUGCCAGGAGGCGCUGUCGAUGCUGCAGCUGUCUGACCUGCAGCUGGAGGACAUCGCGUCCUCUCAGCUCCUCCCUCUGAUUGGCCAACGCCAGAGAGACGACGAAGAGCGAUUGGCUGCUUUAGAUGAGUGCAGUGACUUGUUGGACCACCAUGUCCUCAAGGUCAGCAGGUGGGUGUCUGAGGUCAUGCGCGCCGUCGCCUUGCUAUGGGAGACGCACUGCCGCCGGGUGAAGAGGAGAGAAGACGAGCUGGAGGGACAGCGGCAGCUGUUGAAGCAGAUGCAGCAGCAGCUGGUGGAGAGGAUGAUGGCGCCUGUGGAAGCCGUGUUGACGGCGAUGCGUCAGGAGAGCAACCAGGAAGUUGUGGACAUGUGUCUGGAGCAAGUUCUGGAGCAGCUGAAGGACGUCCAGGACAGCUCCAGGCCGUGUGUGUCCCAGCAGUGUGACCUCCUGGACCAGCUCCCUGCCGUCCUCAUGGAGGAGCUGUACACCUACAGCAACGCCGUCAGCUCCUUCUUCAGACUCAGCCAUCGGCACAGAGCGAGUCUAGCGGACCUGUCCAGCGCCAGAACCGGAUUGGACCAGGAAUCUUCCGCCCACUUGGAAAUGUUCCACCCGAAAAGCGAGUCGCUCAGCAGAGAAGCCGGUUUCUCCUUCAGCACCAUCAGGUUCCUGAACGAGGCAGCGUCCUCGCUGAGCCAACUCUACGACAGCAGCACCAACUUCACAUCGACGGGGGGCGUGGUCUACACCGGCCCCGCCUUCAGAUGCCCCGCCCCCGACCUGCCUGACUUCAUCCAGGAAACACACCUGAGCCUGUUUCCUGUGGAGCUCCUCAGCCACACCCUGACCAGGACCCGGAUUCUGGUUCUGGACCACAUCGAGCAGAGCUUCAAAGACCUUUUCAGUUCGGCUCUUACCAUGGUGACGGAAAGGAAGGAAGAGAUCCGAUUGGAGCAGGAACUCUCACUGACGCCAGAAUAUAUCCGGACCCGAAUAUACGAACCACGGCUCCUUGAGCUGCAGCUCCACCGGCAGCAUAUGGACACUUUCUCUCAGGAAGUCUCGGACAUCCUGACCUGCUGCAGGAGAGAGCUCCACGAUCUCCAGGCCUCCAUCCACAAGAAGAACCUGGAGCUGUUUGACCUUUUGACCUCCCAUAAGCUGGCGCUCCAGGAGCUGCAGAUCACCAUACAGAGGGACAACCAGAUCGUCCUCCAGGUGGCGUUCAGGAGACGUCUGGAGGACUUUGGCGCCGCCCUGCAGGAGCAACUGGACCGGCACGGCGAGGACACCCUGUGUUGCCAGGCCAACUUCAAACGGAUGAUCCGCGGCCUCCUGGAGGAGGCCAAGAGGAAAGCGGCGGAGCUGCAGAAGUCCUUCAGGACGUUCAAAGAAGGAGGAGACUUCGCUCCCCAGGAGGUGAAGGUGUUUCAGAAGAAGAUGAAGGAGGAAAUGAAGCGAAUCACUUCCACUGAGGAUUCCGUCUUCUCUGAGCUGGAGGUGUUUGAGUCCAAGAGUCUGCUGCAGCUCCGCAAGGUUUUGGCUCCACUGGACGACAAGUUCUCCUCCCUGCAGGGCGAGAUGAAGUUCAUCGUGGAGGUCCAGAAGAUCAUCAGCAGGACGCAGGUCCAGAUCAAGGCCGAGGCGGCCAGCAGCAACCUGCAGCAGUCUGGGCUCAGCGGCCGCCUGGAGGAGCUGAGGAAGAUGAUGACCGACCUCCAGGCGCCGCCGGAUCAGAUCUGCUGCUCCUUCUCGGUGGUGAAGGAGGAGAUCAAGUCGCGCUGCAGCUACCUGGGAUAUGACCAGGACUCGGUGCUGCACGACAGUUUUGCUCUGUCCAGAACCAAGGUCCAAGGCGCCGGUCGCUCCGCCGCCGAGCUGCAUGAGGAAAAAACCGUCAGGUUCUCCUUCGUCCUGGAGCAGAAAUCAAAACCUGAAGACCAGAACGCCGCCGCGCAGCACAAGAGCGGCGGCUCGGGCCGCAAACAGAGUCUGAGGAGGAGCUCCAGGCCCAUGAGGUCAGACGUCCUGAGCGACAUGAAGACCAAGAGGAAGUUUCAGAUUUUUGGAACCAAACCAGAACCGGAACCGGAACUGGGCUCACAGUCCUUCUCCGCGGUGCUGAACACCAUCCUGUGGUGGUCCAACGACGGCGUGCUGGAAGCUGCCAAGGAUUUCUACAGCAGGAAGCACGCCUCCACCUUCACCCUGGUGCCCGAGUCGGCCGACAUCUGGGUGGAGGGCUUACAGAAAAGGCUGCUGGGAUACCAGGAGCAGGGCAAGAAGUUCCUGAUGAACAGCAAAGACGAGUUGAUGAAGCAGCUGUCCGUGUUCAGGGAGCUGCUGAACUCCCUGCCUGAGGUCCUGAUCAGCCACCAUGUGGGCCUGCAGGGGGCGUGGCUUACAGAGGAGGUGGGCGUGGUCAGGAAGAGGCUGGAGGAGGAGCUGGCGGCCGGCAGGGAGCAGAAGAUGUCCAACCUGGGUCGGCUGCGGGUGUCCCUCAGCGAGGACGAGCUGCAGGCGCUGGAGAGCAGGGAGGAGCACCGGCAGCAGCAGCUGCACGGCGCCAUCCUCAGGUCACACCUGGAGCAGCAGGAGUGUGUGAGAGGGAGAAUCGAGCAGUUUGUGAUGUCACUGGCAUCUCUGACGGAGAAGAUGCUGCACCUGCUGGAUGAGGUGCUGCCGGUUACAGAAACAGAACCAGUGACGCUGCCUGAAGCUGAAUCCUCAGAGGCAGAAGAGGAAACAGAAAGUGAGCCGAUCAAAAGCUGGACAUGGCCAGGUAUCACUCAUCUGUUCCCAAUGACCAGUGAGUCAGCAAAAUCUCCCAUUACCAUGACAACAGCAGAGAUCAGUACUGCAAGAAGCAGCGAGAAACACGAAGCGGUGAUAGAGAGCAGAGACGCUGCGCUAGAGCGGUUUGAGCAGCUGAUCCACUCGGAGGUUUCUCGUUCUGAAGCCGACAGACGGAACCAGCUGAGUGAGCAGCAGAACUGGACCUCCUACUGGGCCCAGCAGGUCUUCGCUCUGAGACAGACCCAGAUGAAGCGGCGCUGAGCCGCAGCAGCUGAUUGGCUGCUGAGUUCCUGUAGUUACCGUUUCCAUCCAGCAGGUGGCAGCUGGUUUGGUUGCCAUGGCGUCCUGAUGAUGCAAUAAAACAUUUGAUGUUGCA